AAUCAAAAUAGUUCCACAAAGGAAGUGGGUUAAAAUAAACUGUGAUAAAAUGACUGAACUCAAAUCCUUUAAACUCCAGGAAGUUAAGGAACACAAUGACUCCAAGUCAACAUAUUUAGUUAUUUAUGACAAAGUCUACGACGUUACAAAAUUUUUAGAAGAGCAUCCUGGGGGGGAGGAAGUUCUCCUGGAGCAAGCAGGUGGUGAUGCCACAGAUGCCUUUGAGGAUGUGGGCCACUCUACAGACGCCCGUGAACUCAUGAAGGACUAUCUUGUGGGAGAGAUCGUGGAGUCUGAAAGAAAAAACAAAGAGAACCAGGAGAAAACAUCACCAUCCGCCCCAACAAGUUCAUCAGUUUCAUCCAGUGGUUGGAGUGGGUGGCUUAUACCCCUGGGCAUCGCAAUAGCGGCAGCACUUGUCUACAGAUUCAUCAUAUCUCCAAGCUCUGUUUGAUGUGCCAUCUCUCCAUCAAGAUGACGUUAGACCAACCAUAGAACAAUAUUCGAGAAAAGUGCUUAAAAUUAACAACUUAUCAUUCCAUACGGAUGUAUAUGGAGAUCCUGCUUGAUCAAUUGUUGAACAAUCAUGAAGAGAAAUCGCUUCGUAAAAGUUGUGUUGGUUUUAACGUCGUUAAAAAGCUUACAAAAAAUUAAUUAAUCUUAAAAGGAUUUGAUUGGCUUCAGUUAGUUGUUUCAUAUUUUAGUUGUUAUGGAAGUUUUGUUAUGAUCUUAACUGCAGAAUUGCAAGGCAGAAAAAAUGUUGGAACUAUAUUGACAAUAUGAAAAAAAUGUACAUUCUGUAUGAAAUGUCUGCAGUUGUGUUAUUUAAAAUCAGGUUGUAUAACAGUAUCAUUAAGAUGCUCUUUUCUUUACAUAAAGUAAUCAAGGAUUUCUUUGAUAAACAUAAACGUUUUUA